AGAAACGUACUUCUUUUGCAUUGUAAUAUUUUCAACUUUCGUACUUACACGGUUUGAGUACGUAAAUAUUGGUUUAUACUGCAUUUCUUUACGGUGUCCUUUUUUGUCAUUGAUGCUAAGCUUUUCAGCUAGAUCAUUCUGGACCUUUAGACAUAUGUUUGCUUUUGUAAAGCUUCAAUAUUUAAGUUUGUUCAGCAUUUGUAGCAUUGGAAGGGUUGUCCUACUAUUGAAGGGAAUGCUUCAGUUUGCUUGAACUACUUUUGUAUUGCAGCUCUUUCAAGUCAUGGUGAUGAGUCUCUGGACUGCUUUCUGUGGGAAUUGCUCGAAGAUAGAUGAAAACACAUGCAAUUAUGAUAUUAUAUCCAUAUUCCAACCAUAUACAUGCACCAAUCACCUUUUGGUCAUUUCUCUUGAUCUUCUUCUCCUUAUCAUAUUCUUAUAUAUCAUGGUUUAUAGAUCAAUCUUAAGGAAGAACACAAUACCCUCAAAGUCUAAACACUUCUCUCCAACGUUGAUAUGCUCAGCCAUUUAUAAUGGUGGUCUGGGUUUGGCUUACUUGGGUUUGGGGAUCUGGAUAAUUGGUGAGAAUCUGAAUGCAAAGAGAGCCAUAUUACCUUUGCAGGGAUGGCUAGUAUUGCUAUUCCAAGGCUUCACAUGGAUGCUGCUUGAUUUUGUAGUAAUUAUUGAGAAGCUACGCCUUCCAAAUGUCGCAACAGCAAAGCUUUGUUCUAUUGUCACCUUCUUGUUUGCAGGAUUCCUCUGCUUUUCUUCUCUUCUGGUUGCUAUUUUGGAAAAAAGGGCAUCUAUUAAGAUGGUUUUAGAUAUUCUUUCAUUUCCUGGAGCAAUCUUGUGCCUCUUGUGCGCUUUUCAGGAACAUAAAUAUGUGGAAACUGAUUCAGAUAUCAGUUAUGAUGCAUUGUAUGCACCUUUGCAAGGUGAGGAAGCUGGUGACACUGGUGAAAAUUGUUCAAAUGACAAUGUCACUCCUUUUGCCAAAGCUGGAUUUCUUAGUAAAAUGUCAUUUUGGUGGUUAAAUCCACUGAUGAAGCACGGUAACGAUAAAAUCCUUAAGGAGAAUGAUGUUCCACAGUUAAGGCUGGAAGAUCGGGCACAAACAUGCUACUUAAUGUUUGAAGAGCAACUGAGCAAACAAAAACAGAAAGAAACAUAUGAUCUCCCCUCUAUGGUGUCAGCAAUUUUUUUCUGCCAGAGAAAAGCUAUUUUAAUUUCUGGGUUAUUUGCUUUGAUCAAGGUCCUCACAGUCUCCAGUGGUCCACUAUUUCUCAAAGCCUUCAUUGAGGUUGCUGAAGGAAAAGAAGCUUUUAAAUAUGAGGGCUAUGCAUUGGCUGGAGUGCUCUUCUUAGCAAAGUGUUUGGAGUCAUUAUCAGAGAGGCAGUGGUUCUUUCAAACUAGGUUGAUUGGGCUCCAAGUAAGAUCUUUCCUAUCUGCAGCUAUCUAUCAAAAGCAACUAAAACUCUCAAAUGCUGCUAAGGCGAAUCAUUCCCCUGGUGAAAUAAUGAACUAUGUCACAGUAGAUGCCUAUAGAAUAGGUGAAUUUCCAUAUUGGUUUCAUCAAAUGUGGUCAACAAGUCUUCAGCUGUGUAUUGCAUUAGCUAUUGUCUAUUACUCUGUAGGGCUGGCAACUGUUGCAGCUCUAGUUGUUAUCAUCUUAACUGUGCUUGCAACUUCACCAGUGGCCAAACUGCAGCAUAAGUAUCAGACAAAUCUCAUGGUGGCACAAGAUAAGAGACUGAAGGCCAUUACAGAAGCUCUUGCAAAUAUGAAGGUCUUGAAGUUGUAUGCUUGGGAGAAACAUUUUAAGAAUGUUAUACAAAUGCUGAGGAAAGAAGAACUAGAGUGGAUAUUAGCAGUUCUAAUACAAAAGGGGUACUAUCUGAUUUUGUUUUGGUCAUCUCCCAUUUUAGUAUCAGUUGCCACAUUCUGGGCAUGCUACUUCUUUGGAAUUUCACUCUCUGCCAGUAACGUUUUCACAUUCCUAACAAGUCUGCGUAUUGUUCAGGAGCCUAUCAGAAUGAUCCAUGAUGUUGCUGGAGUGUUCAUUGAAGCAAAGGUAUCUUUAACUCGGAUUUUAAUGUUCCUUGCAGCACCAGAGUUGCAGAACAGAUAUGCAAGGCAAAAGUGCAAUGAGAAAGAGCUAGAGCAGUCCAUAUUUAUCAAGGCCACUGAAAUAUCAUGGGAGACUAAUCCAGCAAAGGCCAUGCUAAGAGAAAUAAAUUUGGCAGUUAAACCAGGAGAAAAGGUAGCUAUUUGUGGAGAGGUUGGCUCUGGUAAAUCAACCCUUUUAGCUGCAAUUCUGGGAGAAGUUCCAAACAUCAAAGGCAUAGUUCAUGUUUAUGGAAAGAUAGCAUACGUUUCUCAAACAUCCUGGAUUCAAACAGGAUCUAUUCAAGACAAUAUUCUUUUUGGGUCUCCCUUAGAUUCACAUAGAUACCAAGAAGUGCUUAGAAAGUGUUCUCUUAUAAAGGACCUUGAGAUGCUUCCAGUUGGUGAUCAAACAGAAAUAGGAGAAAGAGGUGUUACUCUAAGUGGGGGUCAAAAGCAGCGGGUUCAACUUGCUCGUGCACUUUAUGAAGAUGCAGAUGUUUAUCUCUUGGAUGAUCCAUUCAGUGCUGUUGAUGCACAUACUGCAACCAGUCUAUUAAAUGAAUAUGUCAUGGAAGCUCUGUCAGGGAAGACAGUCCUGCUGGUGACCCACCAAGUUGACUUCCUUCCUGCAUUUGAUUCUAUUUUGUUUAUGUCUGAAGGGCAAUUUCUUGGAGCAUCCACAUAUGAUCAACUACUAGCUUCAAGUCAAGAAUUUCAAAACCUUGUCAAUGCACACAAUGACACUGUUGGUUCCCAGAAACAUGCCAAGUAUGCUUCUUUCCAACAAUCUAAAACCUCUACACGUGAAAUUCUGAAAAGUUGUGAGGAAGAGUUAAGAUCAACUUUAGAUCAAUUGAUUAAGCAAGAAGAAAGAGAAACGGGAAACACUGGUAUAAAGCCUUAUAUGCAGUAUCUGAUUCAGAGCAAGGGAUUCUUGUGCUUCUCCUUGGCAGCUGUAUGCCACUUCAUGUUCUUAGCUGGGCAGUUGAUACAAAACUUUUGGUUGGCUGCUGAAAUUGAGGAUUCUAAUGUAAGCACAGUGAGAUUGAUUGCAGUUUACUCCGGGAUUGGGUGUAUUCUGGUUUUAUUUAUACUCCUCAGAGCAGUUUCUGUUGUUGGUUUAGGUUUUGGGGCAUCACUAUCAAUUUUUUCUACACUUCUUAGCUCUCUUUUCAGGGCACCAAUGUCUUUUUAUGAUGCAACACCUCUGGGAAGGAUACUCAGCCGGGUUUCUUCUGAUAUGAGUGUCAUUGACAUUGAUGUGGCUUACAAAUUAAGUAUUGCUCUUGUUGCCACCAUGACUGCAUACUCCACCUAUGCAAUACUGGCUAUAGUAUCCUGGCCAGUCUUGUUUGUCAUCAUACCCAUGGUUUAUCUGACUAUUCUUUUACAGAAAUACUUCCUUGCUUCUGCAAAAGAGUUGAUGCGAACGGAUGGCACAACCAAGUCUUUGCUUGCAAGCCACCUUGCCGAAUCUAUUGCAGGAGCCAUGACGAUCAGAGCUUUUGGGGAGGAAGAGCGGUUCUUUUCAAGGAACUUGGACCUUAUUGACACAAAUGCAAGUCCUUACUUCCAUGGUUUCUCAGCCAACGAGUGGUUGAUCCAACGUCUGGAAAUUCUAUGUGCAAUUGUUCUUACAUCCUUAGCACUUGCCAUAAGUUUGCUUCAUAUUGGAGCUUCUGCUUCUGGAUUUAUUGGAAUGGCAUUGUCAUAUGGUCUUUCUUUAAAUAUACACGUUAUCGCUUCUGUCCAAAGCUGGUGCUUGCUAGAAAAUUUAAUUGUUUCUGUAGAAAGGCUAGAACAGUACAUGCAUAUUCCUAGUGAAGCUGCAGAAGAUAUAGGUCACCGACCGACACACAGUUGGCCUGUUAAUGGUCAGGUGAAGAUAUGUGAUUUGAAGGUAAGAUAUCGGCCCAAUGCUCCACUAGUUCUUCAGGGGAUUAGUUGUAUAUUUGAAGGAGGACACAAAAUUGGAAUUGUUGGCCGGACUGGUAGUGGAAAGACGACUCUUAUCAGCGCUUUGUUUUGUCUGGUGGAGCCUACAGAGGGAAAAAUCAUUAUAGAUGACAUUGACAUAUCCACAAUUGAGCUUCAUGAUCUAAGAUCAAGGUUAGGAAUCAUACCACAAGAGCCCACACUUUUUAGCGGGUCUGUGAGAUACAAUCUUGACCCAUUGUCAGAGCAUAUUGAUCAGGAAAUGUGGGAGGUUCUUGAGAAAUGUCAGCUUCGAGAGGCUAUUCAAGAAAAAGAAGGGGGCUUGGAUUCCUUAGUUACACAAGAUGGAUCAAACUGGAGCAUGGGACAGAGACAACUAUUUUGUUUGGGACGAGCCUUGCUGAAGAGAAGCCGGAUACUAGUUCUAGAUGAAGCCACUGCAUCAAUUGACAAUGCAACCGACUCUCUUCUCCAGAGAACCAUACGGAAAGAAUUUGCAUACUGCACUGUAAUAACUGUGGCUCAUAGAAUACCAACUGUGAUGGACUGCAAUAAGGUGCUUGCUAUUAGAGAUGGUAAAAUAGUGGAGUAUGAUGAACCAAUGAAGCUGAUGAAUAAGGAGGAAUCACUGUUUGGGCAGCUAGUCAAGGAAUACUGGUCUCAUUCUGCAAAUGCCAGCAUGUACUCAGGGGAUUGGUAGUGAAGCUAGAUGUAGCAACUGGUGGGGAAACUAAUCCUACAAGAUAUCAGAAGGGUGUUGUUUAAUACAAAGGCUAUGUGGCUAUGCCUUGAAAAAAAAAAACAUUAUUAGUUAAGUGGAUGUCCCACAAGUGCAUCAACCAAGGCCACAUAUGAUGUAGAACAAGUGUCCCUGGACUUUCUUGAGAAGUUGGAUAUUCAGAAGUCAAGGCGCAGGGCAAUGUAGUUAAAUAAUUUUUGCCCAUUAUUGCUUAUUUUCAUACCUAAAUUUAGUUUUAUAUUAUUUUAGCGUAUUUUAUUCGGGUAAUUUAGUCUAUUAGCGAAGUUAUAGGAAUUGAAGAAAAUUUUUUGUAAUUUUUAUUUUUAGA